UGCGACUGAACUCCGACGUCCAUGAUUAUAUCUUGAUGUCAUGACCCCCUGAUGCUUGAAGCUGAUAUGAUAGUAUAUAAAUCAAGACCAGUCAAUCGUUUUAAGUAUGCUCGUCCGUGUUGACUUCGAUUCUGUGCAAUUCCAAUCAUGAAGUCGUGUAUUUACUACGCCAGUCUCCUACUGGUAGCCCCCUUGGUUACCGCAAAGAAAACCAACCUGCAAUGGGCGAUAUGUGAUCCAGACCCUCAAACUGUCCUCCGAAAGCUGGGACUGGGAACACCCGACCCUUACAAAGAAAAUCCGAUUACCUACUAUGAUACAAACCCCCCGGUAUACAUUUCCGAUGGCGUCAUGUUCCGCACCAAGACCUCGAAAGGCGAAAAUAUCUCCACGGUGAAAGUACGACUCCAGCAGGAAACCUCCGAUGUGCCGGACUCGGCAGAGUGUGUUUGGGAUCGCUACGGUGAAAGUCCUACAUACACUUGCGAGAAGCGAUGUCCCUUGCAGGGAUCCAGCAUUUGGUGCGACCAACAAAUCGAGCUCGCGGAGCAUUACGAGAACGUCAACUGGGAGGAGCUUAUAAAUUAUGGUCCGUAUCAGAAUGCCAAGUGGAAGAUACGGAUUGAAGGUCACAAAGCCAAGUUCGAUGACGUCGCCGCCGGCUCGCUACACCUGAUGGAAAUCGAAGCCAAAGUACCGAAAAAGAAGGCAGAUAAGGCUUAUAACGCAGUGACUGAAUACCUGAAAAGCCAUGGGAUUGUAUUGUGUGAUCCACAAGAAGGGAAAACUGCUAGACUCUUCCGUGCUAUGGGUUAUACCGAGUAUGAGCGAGGCGAUCUUUAGUGGUGGGUAGCCGGUUUCGUACUUUGUCUUGGCCUUAGCGGUCCUCUGGGAUGGUGUGCUGGUGGUAUAGUAUACAAUAUAGCGCCAGAAUCCUCCUGUAUGAUCACGUUAUAUCCG